AUGUUCCUCCCUCAACGAACCCCACUCCUCGCGAUCCUCACAGCCCUCAUCUUCACCCUCACCACAACCUCCCUCCCCCACCACUCCCAAGAGCGCAAACCUUACCCCAAAACCACCCGCUCCUCGGACUCCCCCUUCGACAUCAGCACCCUGACCGUGCCCCUCACAAAUGGCACCGCCACGCUUCCCUCCCCCUCAGGAACCCUAAAAGCCAUAACCCUCGGCCUCGGCACCCAAAACUACACUUGCAACGAAACCACUCCAUCCCCAGUGCAAGUAGGCGCCAAAGCCGUCCUCUUCGACCUUUCGCCCUUCCUACCCUGGCUCUCCCCCUUCUUGCCAUUAGUGCCGCAGAAAGCCAUGGCUACAGACCCAGAAGUCAUUAAGGGCGCGGCCGACAUUCUCGGGAAUCAUAUCUUCAAUGCGCUCGGCGUGCCGUGUUUUCAUCUCGGCAAGGAGGGCGAUUUGGCCGCGAAGAAGGUGCCUGGUGCAGAGCUCGACAUGGAGAAUGCGGUGCCUUGGUUGAAAUUGGUGGAUGCGGGGGGAAGUGAGGGAGUUGAUCAGGUAUAUAGGGUGAAUACUGUGGGAGGGAAACCGGCGAAGACGUGCGCGCAGGCUGGGGAUAUUGAGGUGCCGUAUGCGGCGCUUUAUUAUUUUUAUGAAUGA